ACCCUUGCCAGCAUUAUCAGCUACGGAUUACGGGAUACCUUGUCUUGAUACCAAGAACUUUUGUCCCCGCCAAAUUUCCCCCAGUGCUCGCGUCAUGCCUCACUCCACAAGUUCUGGUUCUACAACACAAACCUCCUCGGUCAAUCGGUCGCAGUACUCACCAAGACCGUACGGCGAUAGCGAUUCCCUCUCUGCUAACGGCAACGGCGGCAUGGAGAAGUUCCCCGACCACAUCGAUUCCCACCUCACCAACGGUUCGAGGGCGCCGAGCCCGGCAAAGACGAACGGCUAUGCCCUGCCAGGAGCGCCCGUAGGCGGCGACCGCUGGCAACCCAGAAAGGAGAGUCUGCAGGGUCGCAGCGUCAGAUGGGGUGCGCCGGGACAGCAGCAAGUGCCGACGCGGUAUGGCCAUGGGAGGCAGAAAAGUCUGGGUGACGCCAUUCACAGCAUACGGACAAGAGGCGGAAGCGUCGGCCAGAAUGCUCACGAGAUAGCUGAUGCGCUCAAGGCCCCUGUCUCUCCAAGGUUGAUUGCGCUCUGUGUUCUCUGGUACACUUCGUCCGCCCUUACGAACACGUCCUCGAAAUCCAUUCUCACGGCCUUCGACAAGCCUGCGACUCUGACCCUCAUCCAAUUCGCCUUCGUGGCGACCUACUGCAUCCUCUUCGCCUGGCUCGCCAAUAUCUUUCCGAGUCUCAAGACGACGAUACCAGCCCUCAAGCAUGGCAUCCGCUACCCUUCCCGCGAUGUCAUCUCGACGACCAUGCCCCUGGCCGCAUUCCAGAUCUUUGGCCACUUGCUGAGCUCGACUGCGACCUCCAAGAUCCCUGUCUCGCUGGUCCACACCAUCAAGGGUCUCUCUCCCCUCUUCACAGUCCUGGCCUACCGCUUGAUCUUCAACAUCCGGUACUCCGUCAACACCUACCUGUCAUUGGUCCCUCUGACUCUCGGAGUCAUGCUCGCCUGCUCCGGCAAGCACAACAGCUACAAAGGCGAGCUCCUGGGCAUCUUAUACGCCCUCCUCGCCACCAUCAUCUUCGUGACGCAGAACAUCUUCUCGAAGCGUCUCUUCAACGAAGCCGCCAAGGCCGAGGCCGAAGGCCAGUCAGCGCGGUCGCAAAAGCUCGACAAGCUCAACUUGCUCUGCUACUCCUCCGGCAUGGCCUUCAUCUUGACUGUCCCAAUCUGGUUCUGGAGCGAAGGCACCGGCAUCAUCGGCGACGUCCUCCACGACGGCGCAGUCGACCUCAACGAAAAGGCGGGCUCCUUUGACCACGGCCGCCUCACCAUCGAGUUCAUCUUCAACGGCACAUUCCACUUUGGACAAAACAUCCUCGCCUUCGUCCUCUUGUCGCUCGUCUCGCCAGUGACGUACUCCGUCGCCAGUCUCAUCAAGCGCGUGUUCGUCAUCGUCAUUGCAAUCAUCUGGUUCCGGAACCAAACCACCCCUCUCCAAGGAGCCGGCAUCCUCCUGACCUUUGUCGGUCUCUACCUCUACGACCGGACCCACGACCGGGACAAGGCGGACCGCAAGGCGAAAAUGAUGGAGAUCAAGGAGGAGCCCCUGCUGCCCCUGAACACAAAGGACGCCUUGAACGCCAGCCAGAAUGCGCCCGUUUUUGAGAGCCCCAUGGUCUCUGCUGGAGCCUUCCAGUCGUUUAGCAAUGGGCACUCGCCUCACGGCGAAGAUGCCAAGAAGUCGGACGGGCCUAGUAACGGUAGAGCCCGCGGCGCGAGUAACGCCGCCUGGCUCACGCGGGGUACUAAACAGGAAGAUACCUGGCGGUUCGGGGACCGGUAGGGGGGCCAAGACGUAAGAUGAGAGAUAGGAGAUGUAAAAACAUGUCUUUUUAGCCAAUUAGGUCGCAAGGAGUUCAAUGUCAAUGUACUAUCAUGAUAGGCGCCUGCCUGGGUUGACGGCAAUGUAUGGAUGAAAAACACGCACACACAUGUUCUUGUAAGCUUGCCUUGGUUUUAGAUGUAAUCUGGGGAUCUGGGCGAGGCAUUAAGCAAG